AUGGCAAAAGAGUCAAUGGCACCUGCCCCAUCAUCGGGUCGUUCUUCCACUGCACCUCGAAGGACCCGCAAGCCAUCCAAAUUCCUCACUUGCCCCAACGAAAUCUUCGAUCAAACCUUCGAAUACCUAUUCGUCGACAUGACGGAGGAAAUCCGGCGGUCUCAUCUCCUCAAGAAACACAUCCUCACUCGUCCCCACAACAGCGUCAAUCUCGGCCGCACGCCCGCCUUCAUGAUGGUUUGCACCAAGUUGCGCAAGCAUUGCAUGCCCAUCUUUCUCGCCCGUGUCGAUAUCGUCGUCGAUGUUUCGCCGAGGAAGUUGGCGCAACCUGCAGGCUACAACCGCUGUAUCAACACCCUCUCUCGUCUGGGAGUGGAGAAUGUGCGGCGCAUCAAGAGCCUCACCAUUGUCAACAACAAGCCGGGCUACCCUUUCCAAAAGGUCGACCUGGACUUUUCCAACCUAAUCGACAUUUGGAAUACAUUCAUCCCUUCCCUGCUUCGGUGCGGCAUUCAAGCUCAGCAGUUCCGCUGGCCAGGACUUUGCCCGCUCAUGGAGCAACUCAGAAAUCCGCCUUGGGAGAGGUGGGAAGAACAGGUCAGAGAUCAGACAAAGGAGGGACCAGCAAAUUUCAACUAUCAAGUCCUCCAACUCGCAAUCAUCUACCUGGGCAUCGUGGAACCAACUCUCCAAGAAUUCAACUGUCUGUGUCCUCAGCACCCCCUAGCGAAUGUCCUUCAGCAAGCCUUGGAUCUGGAGUUAUUCGACAAAUAUGACAAGGACGCCAACGUCGGCAUCGUCGCACGAAAGUGGAAAAUCUUGAACAACAAACGCUGGGAGAUGAAGUAUGGAGUUACCGCGUCGGAGCAUCACUUCGAGGACUUGACUCGCGGGCCGGGGAAGCAGAGUUAUGCUUUGGGGCAGACGAGGGACGCGUAUCGGGAUUGGAAUCAUGGGUGGCAUGCAUGGAAGCCAAAAAAUGCCCACGWGGAUUGUGUAUUGAUGUAG